CACACGUUUCAUAUAGCACUCUCAGACAGGAUAUUUCAUGCAGACUGUAUUUUGCUGUAUUGCUAGCUUUUUUCGGUGUUUUAUGUUGCUCCAUGUCCAUGUUUGUCUUACUAGUGGUCGUCCUACGUGCCUGAUCGUGACCGCGGAACCUUGCAUCCUUGUUCCAUUUGAUCUUUUGGUUGUUGGUUGCGUGCGAAUGAAAUCGCAUGCGGUUCGAUGGAAUCACAACGAGAUUGAUAAUAGUUCGUGGGCCCCGCUUAUUGCAGCUGGCAUCACGACUAGUAAACGCCGACAGAAGGUGCUUGCAUGCGAGCAGCCGCAUCCAGAAUACGUCACGCACCUACUGCAGAUCACAACUAGGUCCGAGACUCGGAGGAAGACAUACAAUUUAGUAAGACGAAGCUCCCCCUUUCCAAACUGGGGUUCCACGUUCAAAGAGAGGGAAGUGAAGGGUAGGAACUCGAGGCAGAUUGAGUAAUGAGUUACGAGUAAAGGAGUGAGUGAGGGAUUGUAUCAUAUCAAAUCAGCAUGACGCCAUCCGCACGCAAGCUAGGAAAAUUUAACAUAGCUUUAUCGGCCAUUUGUUAUAAGUACUACGUACUCUACGGGAAAGCAAUAUUUAGAACAAACUGC